AUGCCUACCAAACGCUCAGUGAGGCUCCCUUCAGCUCCAGGACUCGUAGCAAUGGGGGUUAGCUCCGUAUUUCUGCGAGACGGGAUUCCGAUCUCCUUGCUGGACCGCGCAAUGAACGAUGUCCCCUUGCUGGGACCGGCUCAACGCUGGGACUCGAGUGGCUCGGAUCCAUCCACUCGGAUCAUUGGCAGGUUGUCUGUUAAGAACACUGGUGCUGUGCCAUCCUGGACAGGCGGAUUCUGGGUUCGGAAUUCCUGCUGGUGGAUGUUCCCGUAUGCCCUGAGGAACAGCGUAGCUUCAUACCCAGCGAAGACGUGA